GAACUAUUAAAAUGCAUUUGGAUUAUUAAUUGGGUAAAAUUCAAUUUAAAAUAGUCUAUGAAACACUCGGUAUAUCUUUAACCGGAAUUUAGUGCUAAGUUUCUCCUUAUCCCAAAGUAAUGAAAAAUCAUUUUAUUUUAGUUACACCAUAAAUUAUGAUGUUUGAUCAAGAAAUACUACCAACGGCACCAAAAUUUGGUAAAAGACACAAAACUUUGAUGAUGACGAUGACUCUAAACUGAACGAUAUUAGUUUACAACGCCAUGUUUUCCUCACAGCUCAGUGUAUCGGGGAGAUUAAUGCAUGUUGUUUCAAGUAUCAACUUAUUCAGGUUUCUGAAGUAUGAGCGAAUCCUACAUAUCCGUCGUCACUGAAGAACCAAUCACGUGUGGUACUUUAUUAGGGCCUUUGCCUCUUACUUCUGGAUCUCCAGACUCCUUGGCUGUUCUCACUUGGCGUUGUGUCGAUAAGCUACCCCCUUCCAAGCAAGCUCUGAAGAUAAAUAUAAGAGAUCAAGCCAACGUUCGAGGAAUAAUAAAGACACCUUCUUGGUUAGCCCACAUACUUCCAGCAAGGAACCCAGAAGAGCAGACUCUUGAAAUUGUUGUCAAAGGUGGCCAAUUGUACUUCCGGUCACUGCGUGAUAUCACAGAAGGACAGGAGCUCCGAGCUUGGUUUGGUCAAGAUCUUGCUGACAUUUUGAAGUUACCAAUGAUUCCUCCCAAUGUUGUCGAAGGGGAAAAACGAUUUGAGUGUAUGCUUUGUCAAGAAAGAUUUGAGAAUCCAUUUCCUGUCGUAGCUCAUUUAAUGUACCGCUGCAGACGGAAAGAUCACGGAAUGGUGAAUGUGCAGACUUCCUUGAAAAAGAAAAAUGGCGGAAGGGUCAAAAACUUCAAUAUAGCUACUCUCACUGACAUGAAUGAAGGAGAUAAUGCAUCCCAAGAAAAACCUUUGAGUCCUCCAUCUCCAAGCUCCACUCCUAUAGAUGUUGUAAAAACUACACCGGAACAAACCUCAGAUUUUCACACUGAAAACAACAAGAAAAGGAGAAGAAGGCUAAAUAGUUUAGAAGACUUAACCAGCUCUCCCAAAAAGUUUCGGUUAAGUGAAGAAUGUGAAAAUGAAUACACGAAAACCUCGGAAGCUAAAGUUACUAAUGCAGCAAAGUCACAAAAUGGCAUUUUCAAACCAAACACUACACCAAACCAAACGGCUUACGACUCAUUAGUUUAUUCCAAUUCUGAUACGAUGCCGAGUGAAACAAACGGAACCAGUGCUUUCAAGAAGGUAGAUAAAUCAAAUUCUGGGAUUCAUCCCAGCAUGUCCUCUUUUCCCGGUUUAUUUCCAGGAUCCCUGGAUCCUCGUGAGUUGCUGUUUCAUGCAGGAGCCAACAACUUUGCGCCAUUUCCAUAUCCUCUAAAUCCGGUUACUACUAGUACCUCCUAUGGAGGAAUCUCACCUUCACAAAAUGCUAUCAGCCCAUCUAGUUUGGCCAAUUCUUCUUUAGACAAUAGCGUAACAAGCGCUUUCUCGCCAAAUAUGAAACACUCAGCUGGAAAUAUCCAUCAGCAGCUGAAAAUGGCUGAAGAAUUUAAAAUCAUGCGAAAGAUACCAAAUCUAACUGAAAAUGGCUAUGAACUAAAUGGUCUAAUACCAUCAACUAUCAGUGACCCCAGAAUGUCAAGUAUGCCAACUACAAUGCAUUAUGGUCCUAAAUCUCGAGCAGUCGAUAACUUUGGCGGAGUCAAAUCUUACCCGACGCCACUUUUGCCGUUUUUGCCACCAUCUCUUGCCGCGUUAUCUUUCCCGACGCAAAACUGGUGUGCUAAGUGCAAUGCAUCGUUUCGUAUGACUAGUGAUUUGGUUUAUCACAUGCGUUCGCACCACAAGAGGGAAACAGAUCCUCAGAAACUAAAACGCGAGGAAAAGUUGAGAUGUCAUAUUUGCAAUGAAACUUUCAGAGAACGUCAUCACUUGACAAGGCAUAUGACGUCGCACCAAUAAAAAAUUUUGCUGCAUAAUAAUUUGUUAGCUUAACUGUGACAUAAGAAAUAAAAAAAAAAACGGUCCUUGUCAUAUAAAUUGGUGGAUUUAAAGAACACUUAACCAAUGUUGUCGCGUUUAUGCUUUGAACCUGACUGAACACUAUCUAUAGAAAAGAAUAUGAUAUUUAAGAUUUGUUAAAGAAAUGCCGAUUAGUAUUUCGACCUUAUAUCAGCCACGGUAUUGGCAGAAUGACUAAAUAUUGGCGUAUUAGACAGAGAUAAAUCAAACAAUAUUAUACAGUCAUUACUGAAGCUCUUUAUAAAACGUAUUGGCACUGGACUUAAUGCGGAAAUUUUGUGAUUGUGAAAGAAAAAUAAAACGUGCUAAGAUGCGUAAUAAUUUUAAGAAAUGUCUGAAUGGUGUUAAUUUCUCUUUCCAGCUUUGUUCGAAUCAAAUUAAAAUAUACAUUUACGUGGACUUAUUUACUUUUUUGACUCAUCAUGACUUAGUUUUUCCAAAAUCCUGUACACCAUUAAAUCAUUUUCCAAAUUUAUUUCUAUACUUUUUUUUGUAAAAAAUAUGCCAUAAUUUUGUGAUACAUGUGUACAUAGUUACGGCAACUUGCAAUAUUUACUGUAUAUGCGGCAGUUUCCCAAAUUGUUAUUAAAAUAUCAAUUUUUGAAUGAUUUUUCAUCUAUAAUGCUUUAUUUAUUUAAUAACCAAUAGAUUAUGAUUAAAAUGCUUAAAGCUAUGUUCUAG